UUUUUUUUUGCAGGGUGACAUUAUUCCAAUCUUUAUACAUAAAGGGAAUCAAUUUGACUUCACCUGCAAUGGCAACAGCUAUGCCAAACCUUGCACCAGGACUCAUCUUUCUCAUAGCUUGGGCUUUUGGAUUAGAGAAGGUGGAGUUGAAGUGCAAAUACAGCAAAGUCAAAAUUGUAGGAACACUAUUGUGCAUAACAGGGGCAAUUCUAAUGAGCCUAAUGCAAAGUAGCUCAAAUGCUCACAUACCAGAAAAAGAGGCUCAGUUUUCUUUACCAUCUCCACCACAUGAUGGUGAUGCUGACAUAUUUAAUGAAGAAAAGAUCAGGGGUUCAAUCUAUCUCGUGGCAGCAAUCUUGGUGUUAUCAAGCAGUGUUGUUUUGCAGGUAUAUAGACAGUAUUAA